GUAGCAUUAACAUGUAUCACAAAACAAAUUAAACAUUCUUACAAUUUCAAGUUCUCAUUCAUGGCUUUUAAGAUCUUUCAUCCCAUUGCCUUCAUCUUCCUCAUUUUCAUACUACUUGCUCCAAUUGGCCAUGCCAAGAGGAGCACCCCAAGUGACAAAACCUCAUCACCUUUUGAUUUCAUCAAGAAAUUAAAAGGCUGUCACAAGGGAAACCACACAAAAGAAAUCCACGAGCUCAAAGCCUAUCUCGAGAAAUUCGGUUACCUCAAAUAUGAAAACAAAUCCCAAGCCACUGACGAUGAUUUCGACGAUAUCCUAGAGUCAGCCGUCAAAACCUACCAAGAAAAUUACCACAUCAAACCCUCAGGCAUCGUAGACGAUGCAACGAUAUCCAAAAUGACAACCCCGCGAUGUGGGAACCCUGAUAUCGCUAACGGCACUAACUACAUGCAGCCUCGUGACAAGAAACACAACAUCCACACAGUGUCUCACUACACUUUCUUUCCGGGAAACCCUAGAUGGCCAUCUACCAAAACCCAUCUCACUUUUCGAUUCUCUCCCAACUUUCCCGUGAAUGCUGUAGCCCCCGUGGCACGUGCCUUCCACAAAUGGGACUUAGCCACACACUUCACCUUUGCACAAGUGGGAGCCAAUCAAAACUCUGAUAUGAUCAUAGAGUUCCAUCGCCGCGACCAUGGAGAUGGAGCCCCUUUUGAUGGCCCCGGUGGAGUCCUAGCUCAUGCAUUUGCACCUACCAACGGAAGGUUCCAUUAUGAUGCCGACGAGAGAUGGUCUGUUGGCUCAGUGGCGGGUUCUUUCGACCUAGAAACCCUUGCGCUUCAUGAAAUCGGACACCUUCUAGGGCUCGGGCAUAGCUCGAUCAAUGAGGCAAUCAUGUUUUCGGGGAUCGGAUCCGGAGAGAUCAAGAAUUUGCAUCCGGAUGAUAUCCAAGGAAUAAAGGCUUUGUACGGUCGCUAAAAUUCCAUAUUACUAUGUGUUUCCCUAUUCUACUUUAUGUGUAUCGUUUGCAUGUGAAAAUAAUUUCCCUAUGUUGGGAUUUAUGUCAUACUAUGUGUUUGCUUUUAUGGUGUUGUAACUUGUAUUAGUAUUAUAUUUCGAAAUAAAUCCAUCUCUCAUCUCUACUCGUUAAAAUA